ACACUCCUUUUUCGCGCUACUGUCUCUUUGACUCGACUUGAGAGAAAAAUAAGCGGGGUGCUGGGUCUAAUUUUCUUCGGAGGAUCUUGAUAUGGAUUUGUUUCUCCAUGUGGUCUAAAACAGAGGUACGCUUUGCAGUUCCAAUUCUAAUUCCAUUGAUCGAUCUCACUUUCGUUUCGUUCCUUUCUUUCUUUCAUUCCCUGCUUAAUUACCAUAUAUUGGUAUCUAGUAUUGCUUCCAUUGAUUUUGUAUUCUGUUGUGCCGAAAAUGGAAAAAGGAAACAGAUUUUGCUGUUUGAGUUCUUGAUCUGCCUUCUCUGUGUUAGGCCUUCAUCGGUUGCAUCUGUGAAUCUGUAUUCAUUCCCCACAUAAAACCAAAAAAAAAAAAGCCUAAUUGAUUGCUUUCUUUAGUUCCUUUCCUUUCUUCUUUAUACUUCUGUCUUUGGAACUCCUUGUCAAUUUGUUCUGUUCAUCCAGUGAAGAGAGAGAGAGAAACUCGUCGUUCCUUUCUUUUGUUUAAUCAUCUUUGAAUUGUUUUGUUAUUCCAUUCCUGCAAAAAAGAAAGAAAAAAAUGGAUAUUAUUCUAGCAUUUGCUACACCAUUGACAGAAUGGACAGUGAAACCUAUUGGGAGACAGUUGAGUUAUGUGUUUAACUACAAGAGCAACAUUGAGGAUCUCACCAGACAGGUUCGGGAAUUGCGUCUUAAAAGAGAUGGAGUGGACCUAGAGGUGAAACCUGCGAGAGAAGCUUUAAAGACUAUUGAUCCUGGAGUUGAUGGCUGGCUCGGUGAUGUAGACAAGAUCAUAAAAGAAAAGGAGACAAGUUUCAGUGAAGAAACUGUAGCAGCAAAGGUAGCUUGCUGUAAUGGGUGGCUUCCAAAUUUGAAGAGCCGUUAUUCUUUGGGAAGGAAAGCUAAGAAGAUGACUCAAAAGGCGGAUAAACUCCUUGCUACUGAACCCAAGACUAUAGCGCACCCUGCUUCCCACCCAGAGGUGGAAUUCCGACCCACAGUGGACUUCCAUGAAGGUGGCAGCUCCUCAGGAACAUCAACCCAAGAACAGCCACCUACAUCUGAAGGAAAAAAUAUUAAUUUUGAUUCAAGGAGAUCAACCAUUAGAGAUGUGAUGGAAGUUCUCAAGGGAAAUCAAAUCAAUCCAAUUAUCAUAUGCGGCAUGGGCGGCAUCGGGAAGACAACAUUGAUGGGCCAAAUUUUUGAGAAAGCAAAGGAAGAGUGUAUGUUCGAUGAGUAUACCAAGGCAACCAUUAAGGAAUCUCUUGACAAAGCUCCUGGCAUGAUUCAAAUUCAAGAUGAACUUGCAGAAUAUCUAGGUUUGAUACUUGAAGUGAAAGAGAGAGCUCCAAGAGCAAGUAUGCUACGUCAAAGAUUAUCUCAAGGCAGCAAGAAGAUCCUUGUAAUGUUAGACAACGUUUCGACAACAACCCAAGACUUUUUGUGGAACAUAGGGAUUCCUCCUAGUUGUAAACUUUUGGUGACAUCAAGACAACAAGAUCUAUUCAAGGACAUGGAUACAAGAAUGAAUUUCCCCAUUCAUGGUUUGCCGGAGACUGAUGCCUGGAGUCUGUUUAAGAAGACAGCAGGAAGUACCAUUGAAUCUGAUCUAGAGUUGCAAGUUGUAGCAAAAAAGGUUUUGAAGGAAUGUGCUGGUUUGCCUAUUGCAAUUUCGACUGUUGGAACGGCACUAAAAGGUGAAAGCAUUGCAAUUUGGAAGAAUGCACUAAGGGAACUAGAAAAGGCUAGCCCUGAAAACGUUCCAGGAGUGAUCGAACAUGUGUAUAGUAAAAUAAAGUUCAGCUAUGAAUGUUUAAGAAACGAGCAAGCCAAAUCAUGUUUUUUGUUGUGUUGCAUAUUUGAAGAAAGUGUUGAUAUAUGGAUUGAAGAUUUGGUUACAUAUGGGCUUGGGCUUGGGCUCUUUAAAGGCAUUGAUUCAAUAGUUGAAGGAAGAAAUUGUGUGGAAACAUUGGUUCAGACACUCAAAAGUCGCUUUUUAUUGUUAGACAGUGAUAAUGAGCUAGAAUGUGUGAGAAUGCAUGAUGUGGUGCAUGAUGUUGCCGUACAUAUAGCCUCUGAAGAGUUUGUAGAAAAGAAAAAAGAUGCGGUUGAAAAAAGAAUUGUGGUGAGAGAUAAAGCAGAAACUGUGAAGUUGAUUGAUUGGCCUAAGAAUGUUGAGGAACCUACUUAUUGCAGUUCACUGAGUAUUAGUGGGCUUUGUCAGCUUUUACUGUUGAGACAUGAAAGUACAAGAGAAUGCAAACCGCCACCCACAAUUUUCAAUAAAAUGGAAGAUCUCAAGGUUCUAGUAUUUAUGAGGACGUUGCCUCCAUUCUCACCACAAGCAUCACUUGCAGUUUUGAAAGACCUUCAAACACUGCGUCUAGAGAGUCACAAUCUGCCAGAUGAUGUAUCUGUCAUUGGGGAGCUAAGGAAACUUAUGAUACUCAGUUUGCGUGAAACCAACGUCAAGCAAUUGCCUGAUACAUUUAAGAAUUUGUCUAAUCUAAGAUUGCUUGAUUUGUUCAGAUGUAAGGAGCUUGAAAUAAUCUCACCAGGGGUCAUAUCAAGUUUAUGCCUACUUGAAGAGUUGUACAUGUGGUCUAGCUUCGAGGAUUGGGUGGUUGAGAAACUAGCCUCAACUGAAACAGCUAAUUGGAUCUCUCAAUUGGAGGCUCAGGAUAGGGCUGCAUCCAAAGAAGUGGAACAUUGGGAAAUGACAAUGGACACAUGGAAGAGAUUCAACAAAUUGGCGGUUGAGCAACCAGCAAACUUAGGAAAGCAAUUUAGAGAAGAGGUUCAAGGUCUCCUUAGAGUAAACGAUGAGCAAACAAGGUGGGCCAACUCCAUGGACUGGAAAACUGGUAUACUUGCGGAGCUACUUUCCUUGUCCCAUUUGUCUACUUUAGAAGUUUUUCUACCACCGGUUAAUGAAAUAGUAACCAGCAAUUUGUUUAACAAGCUGGAAAGAUUUAAGAUCUCUAUAGGAUGGAAGCACCCUAUGUAUGAUUGGGAAUUAAAGCAUGCUGACAACUACUUGGGAGUUCACGAUCUUGAUGCAAGCGCUGCUGUGGGUAGUGGAAUCACUUUGUUGCUAAAGAAAACCAGCAUUCUUGAGUUUAGAAUGAAGAAUUUGACCAAACCUCAAGCUCUGAAUGUCUUAGAUACAGAUCAGUACCAUUUCGCAAAGAUGAAGUCCCUUACACUCAAGGAGUGUGAUGCUGUGGAGUAUCUGAUUGACAGGACACUUUCGAAACAUAAUACUCCACAUAGCAGCAACGGCCUCUUUCCAGUGUUGAAUUCACUGGUGAUCAGUGGUGCAAGUAGGCUGAAAAUGAUUUUUAAUGGUGAGCUGCCGACGGGGUCUCUCAAGGAACUAAAACAUUUGGAAUUAAAUUGUCUACCUGCAUUGACAUAUAUUUGGAAGACCAAGAGUCAAUCUGAAUUGGGUCUCUGGAGAAACAUUCUAGGACCUGUUCAAGUGCUGAGAAUACAAUAUUGCUCCUCCUUGGAAAAGAUUUUUGCCUAUGAAGAUGAUGAGGAAGUGCUCAACUUCCAAAGUCUGACAGAGUUGACUCUGUCAGAUCUACCAAGCUUCACUGGGAUAAGCAAAAAUAUCUCCAAGGGGUCGAAAAGGCUACCAGAAGACAUCAGCCCGGAACUAUCUGACGUUAUCAUACAACCUCUGUUCGACACCAAGGUUCAUUUCCCAGCCUUGACAAAACUAUACAUUAAAUCCAUGAACCUAACAGAGAUAUGGAACAGCCAACUUUCUGCAGAAUCCUUCUGUGAACUACGGGUGAGCGAAUGUCAACUAAAAUCUCUAUGGGUGAGCGAAUGUCACAAACUGUUGCGUUUGGUACCAGCAUAUAUGCAAAAUAGAUUGCAGAAAUUGGAAUACAUAUGGGCAUGGCACUGUUCUUCACUAGAAGAGAUUUUUGAAUUUAGAAGAUUGACCGUCGAUGAUGCAGGAGAUGCUGCUGCUUUAACAAUUUCUGAGUCAGGGAGUCAAGGGACGCAAAUGAACAAGAUGUUGUCUUUCAAACAAUCUGGUCAAGCCUUUCAGAAUCUUAGACAGAUAUCAAUUUUGUUUUGUGAAAGUUUGAGAACUCUGCUCUCUCCCUCAAUUGCCAGAGGUCUCGUGAAGCUUCAAAUGCUAAUGAUACGUAACUGCAAGAAGAUUGAAGAAGUAGUUGCAACAGCAGCAGAGGGUGAAGAAACAAAUGAUGACACCUUGUUCCCUCAGCUAUGUACUUUGACACUUGACGAUCUACCAAAUCUCAGAAGCUUUUCGCAAGGUAAAGAUAAUUUCAAAUGGCCACUAGUGAAAAACAUAAAAAUCCUCAAGUGCUACAGUAUGAACAAGUUUUGUUUUGGAUCCCUAAGCACACCAAAGGAAGUGAACAUAGAUGUCAAAGGUGCCGGUGAGAGUGUUUUGCAGGAGCUCAAGAACAGUAGAAACAGAAUCUGAUCGAUCAAAUUGGAUAUAAAUUGCAUAGCUGUUCAUGGGGGAGUCAGUAAAUCCAGGAGUUGCAUGCCGGUGCGUACAGAUUGAGAUGUUAUUUAUGUCUGCAAAGUUGCCUGCUCGAACGGAGAAUUCAGGCUGAGGUCAGAAGCAGUGGCGACGAAACUGCAUUACAAUUUAUUUUGUGGAUUGAGAGCUUCUUGUAAUUUGAGAUAUUUUGUUGGGAGUUUGGGUGAGAGUAGAGUACUAGUCAUCCGAUGUACAAAAAA